AGGCAGCUGGAAAAAUAUACUUUAAAAAUUCAUCCAAAAAAGAUAAUCAUCCAAGCCCCUAUUCACAGUAACGCUUUUGUACCUCUUUACAAAUUUGAGACGAGCUGGUCGUUGUUUUGCACACUAAGCCGAUGUUUUGUUGCCAUCUCAGGGGCCUCUAACCUUCGCUUUUCGUGAAACUUCUCUGGACAUGGCUCACUUACUUUUGUGAGAGCUAUCUCGUUGAGUUGUCUCUUUUGUAUCUAACCUUUUUCAAAACUAUUUUAGCUGCUUUAUUCAGGACUAUCAGUCUUCCCCUCCUUUUUAAUCUUCAAAACCUUCAUUUCUCGAUGACCAUUUCACCACCGAAAACUCGGAUUUUUCCAUUUUUUCAUCAGUUAUUUCUACUGAUAAGCCUGUAAAUCGAAGUAAACAUGCUCAUUCUCUCACGUAGCUGAACAUUUUUGCGUUUUAAGGUCUUUUUCUUUCACGAUAUUCACAAAAAACAAGGAAGGAGUUUGAGCAAACUGGUACAAACUGAAAGUACAAAAAAUAUGUGGCGGGAAAAUGUGCUCGCGCACGCGCACCUUUGGCGCGGAAGUACACAAAUCGAAUAUUAGAAUCACCAGAUGGCACAACAAGUAUAAAAUAUUAAAUUGCAUUGAAAGACACAACUUUGGUUUAAGUGAUUUGCUUACCAAGUCCAAUCGUACUACAUUACAGUCUUAUAAAGUAGAGGAACGAACUUUUGGGACACCCUGUAAACCCUAUGGUGCGAAGUUGUCUAUGACUGUUACCACUAAAUUUCUUUUGAAUGAAUGGUACACCUUGCAGUGCUUAAGGUUUUAACUCUACCCAUAAUGAUAUGUCGUACCUGUCAACCACACACACUUAAUUAUUAGUUCUGGUGGCGCUUUUCUUUAAAAAAAAAAGAAGAAGAGGGGGGGAAGGACGAAUUUUUUAACCUUUGCGUUUAGAAUAAACGAAUUCUGAUCAUCUGAGAGUAAGGCUGCUUGGUCUCUGUUUCUUUUAAUCUGUAGAAUGUCUUGCUCUCUUGGAGAAAUACAUACCAUUCGGGAAGAUCUUUGCUCAUAGAUCAGUGAUGAAGGUACGGUGGAACCCGGUUAAUAAGGACAUGAAGUGGACAUGCUAGAGAAAUCACAGAAAAGUUUCCGUUCUCCGUAUUCAUUAACCGGUGACCGUACUAAGCGAGUUAUUUUUAAAGUAAAUAUAAGAGCUUUUUGUAACGAAACUGCCCGUUAUGUAUGGGUGUCCGUAUAGCUCCGGGGGUUUUCACUGUACUGAUAAAAUAAAAUGAACUGAUUGCAGGUGCUGGACAUGGGCUUUCUUCAAUACUUCAGAUGCUUCUCAACUUUCCAGAACAUAUCGCCAACAGAUCAGAUGUUGAAGGACUCAUUCACCAGUCUGUUGACUUUGUCCUCUCGUGCGAGAUGCCAAAUGGAAAUUAUCCCCUUGUCCCAGGGGAGUUUCGUCCACAGGAGGAUGAGUUACUGCACUGGUGUCAUGGUUCCCCGGGUGUGGUCUAUCUUUUGGCCAAAGCUUAUCUCACUUGGAAAGAUAACAAGUACUUACAAGCUGCCAAAAGAUGCGCUGAGCUGACAUGGCAGAGAGGACUAUUACGCAAAGGGCCUGGGAUAUGCCAUGGGGUAGCUGGUAAGGUUUUUGGGCUUCUAGUGACAUGCCUGCCUCUAAGUUGUCUUGAGAAACCGAUAACGUACCUCGGUAUUAAAAAAACGGGUUCAUUGCCAUCGUUCUCGCUCUGCUUCAGUCCAUUAACCGUGUAGGGAUGUAAAUAAUCAAUAGAUUGCGGAGCGCUGCGCGCGAAGUCCUAUGUCUUAGACAAAGUAGUGAACCUGUCGAGUUCAAUAACUGUGUUGCAUACAGACGAUCACAGUACCCCCAAACUAAGUGCAAUUGAUUGGUGACACACACCGGAAGGAUAGGCGGAUUUUUGACAUUUUUAACCUACCGUAAUCGAUGUUCUGUAUGCUAUACUAGGGAUCUUAAGCAAAGACGACGAUGACGACGACAACGAAAACGGUAAAAAGGCAAAAGGUUUAGAUAAGUAAAACAACAACUCUAGCUGCACGUGCAUCAGGCUUUUUUGUACAUUUCCUUGCCGAAGUUGCACGAGUACGUCGUGAAAGUGCGGGACGUGAACACAGGAGAAAGAUUUUCUUAUUCUUUUUUGAAACUCAGAUACAGUCCUCUAGAAUUCAAUUCCAGAAAAAUUUAUAAAUAAAAAAUUGAACGACGUGGAAUAAGAGUGAUGAAUUUUAAAACAGCGUGAGUUUAGUUUUUAAGAGACGAUUACGUCACCGUCGUCAUCGUCGUUGCUUAAGCUCUCUGAUGCCUCUCCAAUAGGCCCUGCGUCGACGCCCUAAUUGACAAGUACUCUCUUGUUUGUUUAUAGGUAGUGGCUACGUCUUCCUAUUGCUUUAUCGACUCACCAAAGAAGACCAAUAUCUUUAUCGCGCCCAGAAGUUCUGCGAUUUCAUGCAGACAGAUGAGUUCCAAAAAGGAGCCCGAACACCAGACUCUCCAUAUAGUUUAUAUGAGGGACUUUCUGGCACUGUGUGUUUCUAUGCUGACCUUCUGAAUCCUUCGACAGCUGCCUUCCCAUUCUUUGACGUGUUCUCCUAAAGUGUCGUUGGGAUGCAUUGCAGAAACAAAGGCGUCAGCCAUUGAAAACGCAGGAGACUCCGAGUCCGUCGUAGUAAUGGCUUUAAGCGACUUAUUCAGGCCCGGCCUGCUCGGAAGAUGGUCGACUUUAAUUUUACCCAAAGCUGGGCGAAAUUCUAGUUAAAUUAUUAUCUUCCAAGAACGUGUUUUAAACUGGAGUCACUGUUAAUCUCAAAUAACGAACCAAGACAGUAUACUAGAAAGUGAAAGGAAACGUGGGAUAAAACGUUUACCUUUACUUUUUAGGGUACAAAGAAAAUCUUUUUUUCAGCUUGAGCAGCUGCUCUUUUUGCCCAGAGCAAAAACAUUUUUGACGAGAGACUAAAAUUCCUUAAAAGCAUCACUUGCCCUUCGCACUAAAUUCUGCAAACAUUUGAAAAUUCGGCUGACUUUAGCAAAUCAGAGCCCUGCAAACAUUUGAAAAUUCGGCUGACUUUAGUACAUCAGAGCCCAUGUAAGCCAUUGUAUUGACAACAUGAUUGCUCGGAUUGUCUAAUCUUAUCAUGUAAAGAUAAUCGGUCGACUCGAUGAGUGUAGCUCUGGC